GACGCACCCCGCCGCCGCGGUUGUAAAUGGUCAGAGACCCGUAUGUUCUCGUAGCUUUGUGUCCGGUAGCAACAUGUCGGUGAGGAGAGAGCCCAGUGGAGGAACUGCAGUGAGCGAGAACGGCACGCCGGAGACAUAAACAGCACGCUAAGCAGCCAGGUCGAAGGGUGACAGUCCGGAGAAUCAGCCGCGGCCACUUUAUUUUCACAGCGGUGGGGCCUGUUGGAGGCUAAUGGACGGUUGAGCACGGACAGCCGGUGAUCAGAGGACUCGCAGGCAGGUGGUCGGGCUGGUUGGAGAGAGAAAGAAGGGAACAGCGUGUUCGGCCUCUAAUCAGGACAGAGAUUCUCCUUGCUGGGGGAUGUUAUCUGUAUUGUCUUAUGGCAGACUGGUAGCCAGGGCUGUCCUGGGCGGACUCUCUCAGACAGACGGUCGGGACUACAGCCUGAUCACCGCCAGUUAUGGCUUUGGUAAAGACUUUCGUAAAGGGAUCCUGAAGAAAGGGAUGUGCUACGGUGAUGACGCCUGCUUCAUAGCGCGACACAGGACCGCCGAUGUUUUGGGUGUCGCAGAUGGUGUAGGCGGUUGGCGUGAUUACGGUGUUGACCCUUCUCAAUUCUCUGCCACCUUGAUGAAAACGUGUGAGCGAUUGGUGAAGGAGGGACGCUUCACUCCCUCUAAUCCAGUGGGGAUCCUCACCUCUGGCUAUUAUGAGCUGCUACAGAACAAGGUUCCACUGCUAGGAAGCAGUACAGCCUGCAUUGUUGUUCUGGAUCGACGGAGUCACCAGCUUCACACGUGUAACCUUGGAGACUCGGGCUUCCUUGUGGUGCGUGGAGGAGAGGUGGUCCAUCGUUCAGAUGAGCAGCAGCACUAUUUUAACACGCCUUUCCAACUGUCCAUUGCUCCCCCGGGAGCAGAGGGAGUUGUGCUCAGUGACAGUCCUGAAGCAGCCGACAGCUCGUCUUUCGACGUGCAGCUCGGUGACAUCAUCUUGACAGCCACAGACGGCCUCUUUGACAACAUGCCAGACUACAUGAUUCUUCAGGAGUUAAAAAAACUCAAGACUUCAAACUACGACAGCGUACUACAGACUGCACAAAGUAUCGCUAAGCAAGCUCACGACCUUGCUUACGAUCCAAAUUAUAUGUCUCCUUUUGCACAGUUUGCCUGUGACAAUGGUCUGAAUGUAAGAGGAGGAAAACCAGAUGAUAUAACGGUGCUGUUGUCUAUAGUGGCUGAGUAUACAGACUGAACAUGUGCUACUCUGGGAUUGAUCCUUCUUUGCCGCCUGCCUGAGUCUUCCACCUGCAGCCUUCCCAACAUGCCCUGCAGGCUGACGGGGGGAGGCCCACCCACACGACUCACACUCCUUACAGCGUAGCCGAACUCCACGUUUGCUUCUUUUUCCUUUCUUCCGCUGUUUUAAUUUGGUGCUUGAGUGGCGUACGGGCAGCAGGCAGCUAGGGUAUAUUCAUGUUGAUCAUGAUGCAGCAAGAGCUGAGAUCACUCCCCGUGUCUCACACACUCCCCCGUGUGUGAGACACGGGUUUGUCAUCCCCAACAGUUUGUCUGAUGACAAACUGUUGGGGAUUGAAGCAGAACAGACAGGGGUUUGUUUUUCUUAACAGCAGCCCUUAUGUUUCAAAAAAUGUGACAUUAUUAAGGAGUAAGCCAUGUAUUCGGAUGUAUUGUGAGAGUAUCGAUGGAGAAGGUCAUUGAACCUCCCUGUCGAUCUUUUAUUACAUUGUUAUUUGCUCCCAUGUUCUGUUAAAGUAAGCACAUAUAUUAUUUUGAGGAUGCUUAUGUGGGAAAUAAGUGCUGUUGAGGAGUACGAUUUGGGAGUUGCUGUUUGAUGCCUCUGGUUUGGGAAUGUCUGAGAAACUUGUAAAGCGAAAGUGUAACGCUUGUUAAAAUGUUGCGGUAAGGUUAAUCCGGUGUUGUCACUUAGCCGAGGGAGCUGCUGAUGCGCACAUCCUGGUGGGUUGUACAUAUUUUGGUUUUUUCUAGGAUUAUAUUUUUGUUGUCAUUUGAAUGAUAAACUUUGUGGUAACUCAUGUGGGAUAUAAAGUCAUCCAUGAACACAUUUCUUUGCCUGGAUGAUAAUCUUGUAUUUAAUUUAAUUACUUCCACACUUGCUGAAAUGAACAAAAUAUUUGCAAGGAUUAUCAGUGCGGCAAGCAGUUUAUGUAUUUCAUCUAAUAUGCUUGAGAGCAAUCUUAAUUUGCUCACACUGGAUUAAUUUACAGCAGUAGUUCAGGAAAACGUAAAACUAUUAACUAUUUUUGCCAACUGGUGGCAAAAUCUGUCGUACUGUUAAGACCGGAAACUUUAAAAAACAGUCAAAUGCUGAACAAGUAACACAAAAUAAAUAAAUAGUAGGCCUAUUGCUGCACAUCAAGGAUAUUUUGAUAUACAUAAAUGGCUUGCCGACUCUUUUCAUCCACUGAGUGGUUGGACUGAUGUUAAAAUAUGAGUGUGGUAUGUGUGAGAAGUCUUGAAUGUUGAUAUUUAUCUCAUAGCAGCUGGGAAUGCUGCAGUUGCAAUGAUGGGUCAGGAGUAAAUUGAAAGAAAAAAUAUUUUUUUUAGCAUUAUUUUGUCUGAAAAAUAUUUAAAACAUACAAAUACAUGUUUUAACAUGUUUGCUGUUUUUUUUUUGUUUUGGUCUAAUUUUAUCAUUUGUCUUAAAUACAUUUUUAGCUCAUAUCUACAUUUACAUACAUGCAAUUGGCUUCAUCAUUCAGUCAAAUCACUGAGGGUCAGAUGAGAAGCCGCAAUGUUACUCAAAAGCAGUAAAGCCCUCAAUACGUUUCUUAUAAUAGGACAGAAUAUUUUUCUCUUUUCUCACUCCGCAGUCUUCACAUUAAGGCAAAACAGGGCAUAUUCAUGGGAAUAAAUGCAUACACUGGACUUAUAAAAACAAAACACAGAUUGCACUCUCCAUUCAAGUUUCUACUUUAGUCUAAGACCUCAAUCAAACUCCUCAACAAAAUCUUUAGUGGUCAGUUUUAAAGCAUGUGCACCAAAGACCCACUUUCUUUAUGUAUGUUAUCAUGCUUUGUUCAUACAGCAAUACUGUAAGUUAUCCGUGCGCAGCGAGCAGCGGCGUUGGUAGUGACGUUUAGUGUGUUACCGUUGUCUCAUAUUCGUUGCAGGCUUAGCGUGUUUGAAGUGUCUGGAUAGCUGUAAGCACAACACAAGCAACCAAAAAAGGAAAGCCAUAUUGCCCGAUGAGACACACUGUAAGAACUGGGGGUCAUAAUAUUGGUACUCUGCCGGUACAGUUACAGCUGAUUCUUUUGUGUGCUAUGCAUUAAACAUUAAUCAGAUUGUGUUAUUUAAGGGAGCAGUAGAACAAUUAAAAAUGUUUAUGUCAUGCAUGAUCAAAUUUCAUCGUCUGGAUCUAACCGAUCCUCUUUUGUCGAGACAAGACGGGUUAUCUGAAUAUCACUUUCCUGCUGUCUGCCCAGUUCUUUUGUAUUUCUUCUGCUGCCAGCACCAUUUUACUCUUUUCACAUAAAGAAGGGUGAGCACAGUUUCAGCCUUAAAUGCCAGACCUGUAAAUCAAGAGGCCUUUCCUGUCAUUGCGAGCUUGUCUUGUGUCUGCUGGCGUCUUUUUUGCACCAGUGUUUGAUGUAAAUGAAGUGUCCCCGCCCUCCCUUUCUGCCUCUUGUCUUUAUCUCACGUUAAACCGUUCUCAAGGUGCUUCUGCAGUCUGAUGGUAUGAUUGUCUUCUUUCUAGCCUGAGUGUGACCGAUAUGCCUAGAGGUCUACAGUGUAAUAUUGCAGGUCUAAUUUAUGUAAAUACUGGUAUGUUUUAAAAUAUGUACAAUAUUUAAAUAAAGAAUCUAGUAUUUAUACUAAAA